AUGAGCUUGAAAUGGAAGUUGGUCAGGCCCAUAGAGGGCGUCAGGUACAACAACCGGGUGACAGCCGAGCUUGCCAACCAGCCCCGCCUCCUCCCGCACUCGCAAUUCAGCAACAUCGAUGCCAUAUACCGCUGGUUCCGCCCCGUCGGCCGCAAGGCGGACAGGCACGUCCUGAACACUGCAAGCCUCCGUCCCUUCGCCAACACGGCCGUGCCGCUCGAGUACACCGGGCCCGAUCCGACCGGAGCCUCGGCCAAGCUCUUCAAACGCUUCGACGCCCCGCUCGGCGUCUUCCUCGACUACAUCGAGAACCCGCCAGAACACGUGCGCAUGUACCUCGCUCAAUGUAGCCUCAAGAGCCUGCCGCCGCCAAUGCGAAAGAGCCUGCCGCUUCCGGACUUCCUACGGACCCAUGGGGCACGCAAAAAAGGGUCCGCUCUUGACAUUUACGACACCUCCCUCUGGAUCGGCCUGCCGCCGACGUACACGCCUUUACACCGCGACCCCAACCCCAAUUGCUUUUUCCAGAUGGCGGGCCGCAAGACUGUUCGCCUCCUCCCGCCCGACAAGGGCCUUGAGUUGUUUCAGAGGGUGAAGAGACGGAUCGGAGAAGAUGGUGGCGAUUUGAGCGGAAGAAUGAGGGGCGAGGAGAUGAUGAUGGGAAGAGAGAGAGACGAGUUGGAGAGGGAGGUGUGGGACACGGUCUACGACCCAGAAUCAGGCGGACUGGAGGCUCGUCUGGAAAGAGGCUACGGCUUGUUCAUCCCAGAAGGCUGGUGGCACAGUGUCAAGGGGCAUGGAACUACCAUCACGGCAUCGGUAAGCGCCUUGGGUACAUCGUCGACUUGGUACUAA